AUGGACAACUAUCGGUUCAUUCAUCCCGAGCAGAAAAGGCGUGCUGCAAAUAGGCAACCGCGACAUCUUGGGGUCGAACUGGAGGUUGCGGUUGCAUCCCCAGCAAAUACUGAGCAAAUGCAAACGGUUGAGGAGGUGGGUGGUCGUGAGGGUGCUCCGCCAUGCAUGCAGAUCUUCGUGAAGACGCUUACUGGCAAGACCAUCACCCUGGAGGUCGAGUCCUCCGACACGAUCGACAACGUAAAGGCGAAGAUCCAGGACAAGGAGGGCAUCCCUCCCGAUCAACAGCGCCUCAUCUUUGCCGGCAAGCAGCUCGAGGACGGCCGCACCCUCUCGGACUACAACAUCCAGAAGGAGUCAACGCUCCAUCUUGUCUUGCGUCUUCGCGGCGGGUUGUGA